AUGGCUGAAAGGCUGGAGCAGUGGACCAGGUCAGGAGCGAGUCGGGACAGCGGUCUAAGGUGUCUGUGUCUGCUGUCUAUCCUGGCCUCCCCCGCCCCCUCCUUGUCCCAGGACCCAGAGUCAGAGCCUGAGCCCGACCGGCGGCACAACCACGAGGAGCAGUAUGUGAGCGAGGGCGAGUACAACCAGCCCGAGACACGUCCGGAGCCUCCCGACUGCAGGGACGCCGAAACCAUCACAGAUGUCUGUAACAGCACUGACCUGCCGGAGUUUGAGAUCAUCAGUCUUCUGGAGGAGCAGCUGCCGGUGUACCGCUUGCGGGCUGACACCGUCUACGGCUACGACCAUGACGACUGGCUCCACACGCCCCUCGUCGCUCCUGAGGCCAGGCUGGACCUGACCACCGAGCAGAUCGAAGAGACACUAAAAUACUUCUUGCUAUGUGCAGACAGAGUGGGCCAGAUGACGAAAACCUACAAUGACAUUGAUGCUGUCACACGUUUGUUGGAAGAGAAAGAGAGAGAUCUGGAGCUUGCUGCAAAGAUUGGCCAGUCGCUCCUUAAGAAGAACCGGACUCUCACAGAGCAGAAGGAGUAUUUGGAGGAACAAGUGGGACAAAUCACAGAGGAGGUUGCCCAGCUGCACCAUGAGCUGAACCUCAAGGAUGAGCUGCUGCAGUUUUACACCAAUGCAGCUGAAGAGAUCGAGGAUGAAUCCAGCAGCUCCCCAACGGGUAAAAAAAGCAAAGUGGAAACUGCUUCAGGAGGCUUUGUGAGCGACACGCUCCAAAAGAAACUCAAAGAGCUGGAAGAGGAGAACCUGUCACUCCGCUCAGAGGCUAACCAUCUAAAGUCAGAGACCGAAACUUAUGAAGAAAAGGAGCAGCAGCUUGUGAACGACUGUGUCAAAGAGCUCAGGUUGUCCAGUCUUCAGAUUUCUGCCAUAGCGGAGGAACUGGCCCGUAAGACUGAAGACGCAUCACGACAGCAAGAAGAGAUCACACACCUCCUCUCUCAGAUAGUAGAUCUGCAAAAGAAAGCCAAAUCUUAUGCAGUGGAAAAUGAGGAGCUCUCUCAACACCUGCUGGCAGCUAAAGAUGCCCAAAGGCAGCUCACAGCAGAGCUCCAGGAGUUAGAAGAGAAGUACUCAGAGUGCAUUGAGAUGUUGCAUGAAGCUCAGGAGGAGCUGAAGAACCUGAGAAACAGAAACUACCCUGCAGGAACCCCACGCCGCUAUCACCCGCUGGGACUGUACCCGAUGGACUCUCUGGCAGCUGAGAUUGAGGGAACGAUGAGGAAGGAGCUGAGUCUUGAUGACCCAGAGUGUGAAGAACAGAAGGUCCAUCGGAAACGUGUAUUUGAGACGGUCAAAAAUGUUAACCAGACAGUUCGUCAGCGUUCUCUGACUCCAACCAACUCCAACAUCCCGGGUUCUAACCAGUCCCUGUCAGCUCGAACGUCACCCCAAUCGAGUGGUCUCUCCACACCCCACUCCAGCAUAUUUGGAGGUGACCUUAGUGGAGAAAGUGUAGCCCUUGAUAACCGAACGCAGAGCAUCCUAAUGGAGACAGCAGCCAAUCAGGACAGCACAGAGGGCCAGGAGAAGAAGGCAAGUGGGGCAGAGGACUUGCGGCUUGCUCUGCGUCGCCUGUCUUUGCGCCGACAAAACAAUUUAAGUGAAAGGCGCUUCUUUGAAGAGGAGCGAGAGCGACGGCGGGGAGGGCACCCUGGACUCCACGAUGCCCUCAGCCAGGAGAGUCUCUUAACCCCAUCCGAAAGCAUCAUGUCCCUCGGAAACCUCCACCUCUGGGCCUCGCGAGGGCCCUACCUCCCCGACAAGCUUCAGAUCGUCAAACCACUCGAAGGAUCUGCCACUCUGCACCACUGGCAGCAGUUAGCCCAGCCUCACCUGGGUGUGAUCUUGGACGCCAGGCCAGGAGUUGUGCCAAAGGGCUACAGACCUCUAGAACUAGAGCUGGAGCAGGCGUACCCAUGGGGCGGCUUUGAGGAGGAUGAACCAGGAGAGCAAUACUUCCAAAAUCUUCCCACCUCCUCAGCUUCUGCCUCACCGGCAGUGGCCCCCACCUCCAGUACAAGUGACGCCAACCUCGUACAGCCUUCAGUCACCCUGGCCCCACCUUCUCCGCCCUCACCAUCACCACACCUCAGCAACACCGAUGCUCUGGCUGCAUACUACCCAGGUAAAUGCAUGGCUCACACCAGCUCCACUUACACCUUUACAACCUGUCGGAUCCUCCAUCCAACUGAUGAGCAGACGCGGGUUACGCCAAGUUUAAACCCAGUGCCUGCAUCGUCCUCCUGUGUGAUGACCAGCACUCUGCUGGGUACUCCUGCUGCUACUCCCUGCACGUCCCGCAGGCUCAGUCUCAGGCCCUCUGAAUCCUCAACUAACCUCAGAGAUGCUACACGCACCACUAGCACCUCCCUGGGGUUGGUACGUCUUCUCCAGGAGAGGGGAAUCUCUGCAGCUGUGUAUCACCAGAGCCAGGGCCUGGAGCAGGGUCAGGGCAGCGGAGGAGUCCUAUUAAGCACCUCCAUUGCCCCCAACCGAACACCUAAUCCCGAUCCUAUGCGGCCCUCGACCCCUCCAAACUCUCCCACAAGACAGGGAGCUUCAGCUGUGCCAAGCUCCGCUGGGUUUGACUUCAAGAGUCCUUCUUAUGAGAACUUCCUGGCUUCCAAACCAGCCCGUUCCAUCCUGAAGGAGGUGACAGGGGGGAUGAGAGGCAGGCAGCGAGGCAGGGACUGUGAAAGCCAAACAGACGUUAGCGUGGCCGUCCACAAUCUGAACCUGGUAGACAAGGUGAAGCGUCUGGGUGUGGCUGGAGCCCCCGGAAGCAGAGCGAUGAGCCCUGGUCCCAUGCUAGGGCCUCUGGGUGGACUGCGUAGAUCUGGCUCCCCUUUUGGACCUGAUGGAAUGAGGAGGAACCGGAGUUAUCCAGGCAUGGUAGGAGCCAGCAUGGUCAUGAAAGCCCCAGGGCCCCAAGAGUAGUCUGGAUAGCUGCUGGCCAACAGGGUAGAUGAGUAGGAGCCCAGCAGGGCCAAGGACUGGCUGUUGAUCAGUCACCUGGAGCCCAUAAAAAUAUUCCCACUGUACAACAGCAACAUGGCACUACUGACCUAUUUCUAAUCACAGCUACAGUUUUACACAAACACUACACCUCUGUAGUGCUUUACAGUGGUGAUUCACGCUUGAACGAAGAGAAAAAUAACUUAAAGGGUUAGUUCAUCCAAACUACACAGCAACAUCUUCUAUACUGUCUGUGCUGUACUUUUGCUUUUGUGUGCCCAGAUUUUGAGAUAUUGCUAAAAUGACCGGACAGAUUGGAGGCUCUUCUGUGUAAGCACUGAACAGUGACAUUUAAAGACUUUCAGUUAUUAAAUUAAACGGUGAUGACGAAGCUUACAUUCUUUCUAGCUUUAACAGGUCUGAAUUAAAAAUUUUGCCAGAAUUCCUGCCGAACUGAAAACAAGUGCUCCCACGUCACCUGCAUUCAUCUUCAUUUUUAUAAAAAUUUGUGUUUUUCUUCGAGAAGCGAACUCUUUUUAAUUUAAUUAUGUAAAAAUUAAGGGGAAAAGGCUAAUGCAGUUUUAGGGGGAAAAAAGUCAUUUAAUUAUGCCGUUCAGGUGCGUCAUGCUUCUAAAAGCCAAGAGUGCUAAAUGUGAAUUCGAUUGGAUCUCACAGGACGGGUCUAGGAAGGAACACUUGGUCAGUUUUCUGAUAGACAGUGGGAAGGUGCUGAAUAAUACAUGCAGCUGCUUAUAUUUCGAACACCUGCGGUAGUUCUGGUUUUAAUGAUGAGACUAACUAAAAGUGAUGGAGAGGCUCACCUUCUCUCUAGCUGCAACAGGUCUGAGUUUAAAUUUUUGCCAGAAUUCCUGCAAAAUUAAAAACAAACACACCCAACCUCAGCUUUAUUUUGACUUUAACUCUUAAGAUGGUAACUAGUUUCUUCCAUGUCAGUGAGCAACAAAUGCUUCUUAUUAAUCUAAAGUGGAAAACUGACAAUAUGUCUGCACCGAAAUAAAAACACAUUUACUUAAAGUUUUCUUAAUCGGAAGCUAAUAAUAUACAUAAAUAUUUUGUCAUUUUCUAAUGCCCACGGAUUGAUCAGGAAAGAAUUUAUAGCAUUUACAUGCCAUUAAGGGAGGAACCCUUAAUGGUAGCUGUUCCCACCCUGUGGUGACAUAAAGAAUUGAUGCAAGCAGCAGAAAUGGGUCUCACUUAGAAAUAAGGGGAGGAGCUUAGUUAUUCAGGCGGGACUUGGAGGACUACUACUCCACAUCAAAAGGAGGCAGUUGAGGGGGUUCAGGCAUCUGAAUAGGAUCACCUGAUGACAAGUCCUACCCGGAGGAGGCAGAGGAUGUAUGGAUGGAUGCACAAGCACCCCCUAUGAAAUGCUUUUGAGCAUCUGGAAGUCUUUCCUUGUCAUUGUUAGCAUGUUGAGUUUUGCAUGUAAGUCAAAGCACUCUUUAUAGAGCUGCUGUAAUCUCUGCUCACUCUCUAAUAUUCAGAUAUCUAAAAUUCUGGACACACAAAGCCAGUUUUAUGUAACUUAAUUUUACAUAAUUGGGUGAACUGACCCGUUAAAACAGAAUACACUGAAAGCGAGCUACUGAAAUAUCACUCAGAUUCCUGCUUUGGAGACUGACUCUGCUGGCUAGAUGUAGUACUCCCACUCUUGCCUUUUCUGAAACACAUCCACAGAAUCCCACGCACAUCCAGACUCACACAGGUGCACUCUGCUAAAUCUUCCAUGCACUGGCUGGCUAUUUGUAGUCACUGUAGCACUGAAACAUGCCUUUCUACUUCAAUACUAGCAGAUGAAAAUUUCAUAAGUGGUUUUAAAAAAAGUACACCGAAUUCAUAAAAUAUGUCAUCCUCUGUCUCUCUCUCCUUUCUUUUGAAGGGAUUAAGUGUGAGUCUGACGAGUCACUUUCACUAAAUCAUCAAAUAGAUUUCACGCCAGUGUUAAAGGUACUUCAGUUUCAUUUUCUAAAUGGCCGUUAGACAGUAAAGCUGAUGGUACUUCCACUGAACUGGAGAGAUCAAUACACUGAGGGAUUGCUUUAUCGUGGUUGGAAGCUUUCAGCUAUUUUUCCCUUAUUGUUUUAUGGUUGAAGAGAAUGAAGCAAUACAGUGCCUCAGCCUUGUGUUUUGUGAUUUUUCCCUUGUCAUGCAGGUCCAAAGGCGCUCACGCAACCAUAGUUUGCACUUGUGUUUAUUUAUUUUUAAAAA